CAGUCGAGGCUCGUUUGCUCGCGAGAGUUCCUCCACCUGGCCCACUCAGAAGCUGUAGGAAACGGAGGCAGAGAAGAGUCGCGAGCCUUGACUCGACCACACUUUCCAGGCCCCGCCCCUCCUUCCUCGCCCUCCUCCUGGCCCAGCUUCCCCGGUUGCACGUGUAAUUGUUGUGGUUCAACCUCACGUGGCCACGGAAGUGCCGGCGUUACAUGCCCCGCCUCCAAGAUGGCGGCGCCCAGUGCCGGGGCCCACGACCUGAGCCGGCUCAGCUUUGAAUUAUAACCUUGACUGAGUCUGUGCGGCCAUGGACCGGCCUGGGUUCACAGCCUCGCUGGUGGCUGGUGGGGUAGCAGGUGUCUGUGUUGACUUGAUAUUAUUUCCUCUGGAUACCAUUAAAACCAGGCUGCAGAGCCCCCAAGGAUUUAAUAAGGCUGGUGGUUUUCGUGGAAUAUAUGCUGGCGUUCCUUCUGCUGCUAUUGGAUCCUUUCCUAAUGCUGCUGCAUUUUUUAUCACCUAUGAAUAUGUGAAAUGGUUUUUGCACACUGAUUCAUCUUCAUAUUUGAUGCCUGUGAAGCAUAUGUUGGCUGCCUCUGCUGGAGAAGUGGUUGCUUGCCUGAUUCGAGUUCCUUCUGAAGUAGUUAAGCAGAGGGCACAGGUAUCUGCUUCUUCAGGAACAUUCCACAUUUUCUCUAACAUCUUAUGUCAAGAGGGCAUCCAAGGAUUGUAUCGAGGCUACAAAAGCACUGUUUUAAGAGAGAUUCCUUUCUCAUUGGUCCAGUUUCCCCUGUGGGAGUCCUUAAAAGCCCUCUGGUCCUGGAGGCAGGAUCAUGUGGUGGAUUCUUGGCAGUCAGCAGUCUGUGGAGCAUUUGCAGGUGGAUUUGCAGCUGCAGUCACCACGCCUCUGGACGUGGCAAAAACCAGAAUCAUGUUGGCAAAGGCCGGCUCCAGCCCUGCAAGUGGGAACGUCCUCUCUGCCCUGCACGGGGUCUGGCGGACACGGGGGCUGUCAGGAUUAUUUGCAGGUGUCUUCCCUCGAAUGGCAGCCAUCAGUCUGGGAGGUUUCAUCUUUCUUGGUGCUUAUGACCAGACUCGCAGCUUUCUGCUGGAACUUGGCAGAGAGAGUCCAUGAAUCAGAGACGGCCCCUGCUUUCAAGAAAGGGUCCUGCUGUGAGAACUGUUUCCCCUCCGGUGAGCAGCUGUUUGGCCAUCUAAACAACAGAACGCAGCGCUCAAGUCCAGUUCUGCUCAGAUUACGACAUGGAGAACGCAUCUUCCGUGCUGCAGGCUGGCCGGGAUGACGUCAUCGGCCUGGUUCCCAGAGUUCAGAGAGAAAAGGAUGUCCACAGCGGUACUCUGAACAAUUUUCUCAGAACCCCUUAAUAAAUAAGUGUGGCAACGCUGA